UCAAUUCUCCUUUAAAUAGGGUAGUGCUACUCAUGAUUCUCCAAGUCCCUCAUUAAGUCUUCUCUCUCAAGUUAAUUUCAUUUUUUUUUAGCUAUGGCUUCUAGUACCAUCUCCGCAGUGAUUAUUAUCUUUUCUCUCCUUUGCUACUCUACAUUCACUAGCGCUUGUAACACAUGCAUUCCGAAAGCACCACCACCUCCGGUGGAAUAUUGCCCUCGAGACACUCUUAAGCUAGGUGUCUGUGCGGAUCUCUUGGGUCUUGUCAACGUGGUCGUGGGAUCACCUCCUUCGAGCAAAUGCUGUGCUUUGCUUGAAGGCUUGGCUGAUCUGGAAGCUGCCUUGUGCCUCUGCACCGCCAUUAAAGCUAAUGUUCUUGGAAUCAACUUGAAUGUUCCUGUUUCUCUCAGCUUGCUCCUUAGUGCCUGUCAAAAGGAGGUUCCCCCCGGUUUCAAAUGUGCUUAAUUAAGAGAAGUUGUGGGGGAAUCUGGUUUCACUAAGCUUUGAUUUCAUUUAGUUGGUUCUGUAACUUAAUUGUUGCAUGCAUGAUGUGGGGUUUUUGGAAACGUUUUUGUUAUCGUUAUCGUUUGUUACUGUUUGUUGUUGUUAAUUAGUGUUUGAUAUGUACCAAAAAAAAAAUUAGUGUUUGAUUAGGGCGUGUUUUUUGGGGAUUUGAAUUCUUGUAUUAGCUUACAAAAGUAUGAUGUAAUUUGUUCAAAUAAAAAAUUAUUGGGCAUGGGCAGGUUGAAAUCAACUACCCAGCCUAAA